AUGAAGAAGAUUCCUAAACGCAAAGAGUCUGGAGUUAAACAACAGGCAGAAAAUUGCGUCACAACUGUUCGAUGGCUACCAGACAACAAAUUCGUGACGCACGGUGGUUCACAACGGCAUUCGCCUCAAAUCCUUUAUAUUUCUCAAGAUGGCGGAGCGUUGGCAAUGAAUGACGAAAACAGAAUUUUGUUCCUUGAUGCAUCUAGUGAAGUGAGAAAGUAUGCUCUUCAUCCAUCUAGUGACUGGGAUCCAGGGCAAGUCGAGGACAACAAUCCAGUUGGAUUCAGAGCCAACAGCUGGGCAGGGCGUGUACGGGGCGACUAA